AUAUGUUUACAAAAAUAAGCAUUCUCUGUCACCAACAAUAUUUAUUGUACUAUAUAGUAUGCCAUCAUGGCUGGCCAGAAAUUUGAAUAUGAUGAGUCAGGUAGCACAUUUUUCUAUUUUUUAAUAAGUGUUUUGGGGCUGAUCUUAGUCCCAUGCACAUUUUACUUCUUCCCUGCUGAUGCUGUAGAGGAUCCUGUAGCAAGCAAGACAAAGGGCAAGUGCAGAUGUUCAGAAUGUCUGAAGAAAGAAGAGCGCUUGAGAGACAAGCAGUCCAGCUGGAAGGGAACAAAGAAAGCUCUACAGCGUGUAGGAAUUAUUCUUGGCUGGGCAUUAAUGGCUGCACUCAUUUACAAAGUCCAGCAGUUUGAUUAUGAGUAUGCCAACUUUGAUCCUUAUGAUAUCUUGGGUGUCAGCAUGCAAGCAAGUUCUGCUGAGAUCAAGAAGGCUUACCGUAAGCAGUCACUUAUUUACCAUCCGGACAAAACUACAGGAGAUGAGAGGAAAUUCAUGAAGCUUAAUAAAGCUUACCAAGCCCUGACGGACCCCGUGGCGAGACGCAACUAUGAGCAGUACGGCAACCCUGAUGGUCCUGGUGCCAUGCAUUUCGGCAUCGCCCUCCCCUCCUGGAUAGUUGAGAAGGAGAACUCCCUCGUCGUCUUGGGCCUCUACGCCCUUGUCUUCAUGUUUGGCAUGCCCACCGUGGUCGCCAUCUGGUGGUACAGAAGCUCCAAAUUCUCUGCUGAUCAGGUUCUAUUGGACACGACACAGCUCUACUAUUACUUCUUCCACAAAACUCCUUCCAUGCCAUACAAGCGUGCGCUCAUGGUGCUCUCUGCAUCUUUUGAGUUUGAAAAAGGACACAAUUCAGCAAUCACUGAACGAGAGUCUGACAACUUCGAGGUACCUCCCUUGUUCAAGCAGCUGCCACACCUCGGCGAGAAGAACAAAGAGCGACCUCUCUGCUUCCCAUACUCAGUGAAGGCACGUGCCCUGUUGCACGCUCAUCUCUCGCGCAUACCCUUGAAUCCAAACACCCUCGACAUCGACCGACUGUAUUUACUUCACUGCUGCCCCACACUCAUACAGGAAAUGGUGACGUGCGUGGCUCAACUCAUAAUGCUCGCGCACGCAGGUCGCAUAUCCAGGCUGCCGACACUCGACACCAUCGAAUCCACCAUGAAACUGAGCCCUACCCUCGUACAGGGACUGUGGGACACCAAGAACCCUCUUCUCCAGCUACCUCAUUUCACGGAAUCCACCCUCAGGAGCUGCGUGGUGCGUGGCCGCACCUUGCGUUCAGUUCAGCAACUCGUGGCUCUACUACCCCAGGACCGCCGCCACGUCCUGAGGUCCUUUACUGCUGACGAACAAAACGACAUCGUGCAGGUCUGUAACACGUUCCCGCACGUCACGAUGACCGUAAAGUCCGAAGUCGUCGAUGACGACGACUCUGGGGUGUUCACGGCAGGUGCCAUCGUCACGAUCACAGUGCACCUCGUCCGCAAGAACAGCGGUGACGUUUUCAAUUUGACAAACGAAGAAGACGACGAGAAAGCCGCUGCCAGGAAACGCAAAGCUCAGGAAGAUGAAGAAAAGAGAAAAGAAGUUCAGGACUUGAGCCCAACUGCUGCCUUGGCGACCUUAGCUGUAAUUGAUAAGAAGAAAACCAAGUGGAAUAAAGACAUGAAGAAAAAGAGUGGUAAAGGAGGAGAGAAGGCGAAGGAAAAUCACCCCAAAGUUAAGGCCAACGGUAAAGCAGGAGGCUCGAAAAGAGAAGAAAGUGCUAAAGACAAUGCAAUGGAACCCAAAGAUCAUGUGAAGGAAUCUAAAGACCAUGUAAAGGAAUCCAAAGAUCAUGUGAAGGAAUCCAAAGACCAUGUAAAGGAAUCCAAAGAUCAUGCCAAGGAAUCCAAAGACAAACAUGACAAAAAAGAGUUUACAGAACGACGAGCUGAUGAGGCGGCUGAUGAGAGCGACGAAGACUACAGCAACUCUCACUCCGACGAGUCCGAGGCCGGCGACGCUGACACUGAGUCGCAUAGAGAAGAAAAGUCAAUGGAAGACGAGGACGCGGAGUGGGAACGUUUCCAGAAAGGCCUGACUAAGCGCGAGAAGGUGCUGGAGGGCAAGAGCAAAAUAUCUCAUUCGGUUCACUGCCCCUUCUUCCCUGACGACAAGCAGGAGUAUUGGUGGGUCUACGUCUGUGACCGCAAGAACAAGAAGCUCGUCACUGUGCCCUACCACCUCACAAAUCUGGUUGAAGAGGAAGAAGUCCAACUGAAGAUGACUGCGCCUCACCGUCAAGGCGUCUACACUUAUCAGGUUUGCGUGAAGUCUGACUCGUACCUUGGGCUGGAACUUCAGAAAGAUAUUCGCAUGGACGUGAAGGCGGCGCGCGAGGUGCCCACCCAGCAUCCUCAGUGGCAGGAGUGCUCGUCUGACGAUGACAGUCAGGACGACGGUGACGACAGCGACCGCGAGAAAGACGAUGGCGAGGAGAGCGAGUUCACCACCGACGAGGAGAUGUCUGACAAUGAGGGAGAGGAGACCGAGUCUCAGGAGGAUUAGAGCUCAUGAUGCGUUGGCGCCUAUGAGGGAGCGUUCGCUACCCUGCUGCUUGUUGGUCAUAGAAAGUUCUAUGUUCUGUCUCAAUCAAUGUUACAGUGAAGUUGUAGUUUUUUUUAUACUGGCAGAAGUUUUCAUUUUUGGAGGUGUGGAAAGUUCUAUAUUCUGUCGCAAUCGAUGUUGCCUGGGAUUGGUAUUGGUUUAAUGAUGGCAGAUGUUCCAUUUUUGGGGUAGUGGAAAAUUCUAUUGUAAAUCUCAAUUUAUAUGUUACUCGAAAAAUGUCAGAUUUAAUGUCAGCAGAAGUCUAAUUUUUUGGUUCAUGGAAUGUUUUAUAUUCUAUCGCAAUCAAUCUGUUAAAUGGGAAAGGUACGGUUUAAUGGCAGACGCUUACGUUGUGAGAGUUAAGAAAAAUUGUACUUUAACUGUGAAAAAGUUUUAACAAAAGUUGUUAAAUGGUGGAUUGUUUCUAU